CGUAAUGAAAAUAGUUCUUUAAGGUGUGUUUGUGUUAAUUUUAUAUUUAUAUAUUAUGAAUCAAAGAGUUUUUUUAUACUAUAUUUACGUAUAAAGUGCUUAAUAACUUUAAGAUAACUCUAAUCAGCAGCUGAAUAUUAUUGUUCGUGUAUUGUAUAUUUAAUGAAAUAAAAUUAAAUUUUUAAUUUUACAAGUAUUAAGAAAUUAAUUAAAAAUGCAUAAAUUUUACAAACUGGAAAUAAAUCGUACAGAAUGGGAAAUUCCAGAAAUCUAUCAGCAAUUACAAGCUGUUGGAUCUGGCGCAUAUGGCCAGGUGUGUAAAGCGCUUGUCAAGGGUACAAAUAUGUAUGUGGCGAUAAAAAAGCUGGCCCGUCCAUUUCAAUCAGCAGUACAUGCAAAACGUACUUAUCGUGAGCUGCGACUUUUGAAACAUAUGGAUCAUGAAAAUGUCAUUGGUCUGUUAGACGUUUUUCAUCCGCAUCCCAUAAAUGUAACAUUGGAAAAUUUCCAACAAGUCUAUUUGGUUACGCAUCUCAUGGAUGCUGAUUUGAAUAACAUUAUACGUACCCAACGUUUAUCCGAUGAUCAUGUACAAUUUCUUGUAUACCAAAUACUGCGAGGUCUCAAAUAUAUCCAUAGUGCCGGUAUUAUACAUCGAGAUUUGAAACCUUCCAAUAUUGCUGUGAAUGAGGAUUGUGAGUUACGUAUAUUAGAUUUUGGUUUAGCACGUCCAACCGAAAACGAAAUGACAGGAUAUGUAGCUACGCGUUGGUAUCGCGCACCUGAAAUUAUGCUCAACUGGAUGCAUUACAAUCAAACUGUUGACAUAUGGUCUGUAGGGUGCAUUAUGGCAGAGUUACUUACAGGGCAUACACUGUUUCCCGGCACUGAUCAUAUACAUCAAUUAAACUUAAUUAUGGAAGUACUUGGUACUCCACCUGAUGACUUCAUGAAAAAGAUUUCUUCUGAAAGUGCAAGAAAUUACAUACAAUCGUUACCCCCAAUGAAGCGUCGUAAUUUUAAAAAUGUUUUCAAAGGAGCAAAUCCUUUGGCUAUUGAUUUGCUAGAAAAAAUGUUGGAACUGGAUGCUGAAAAACGUAUCACAGCUGAACAAGCUUUAGCGCAUCCGUAUAUGGAGAAAUAUUCCGAACCCAGUGAUGAACAAACAUCACCCUUAUAUGAUCAAAGUUUUGAAGAUAUGGAUUUGCCAGUUGAAAAAUGGAAAGAACUAGUCUAUAACGAAGUUAUUAAUUUCAAACCUCCGCCGUCAUUUGUGCAGACAUUGCAACAAGCUAAGUGAUUGUGCUCAGUAACUUAUGUACAUAAGUAUUUAUCUAAUUCAUUGUUAAUUUUUUUUGUGCCUUUGCUAUCGAUUGAUAGCGUCGUUUAAAAUGUUUAUUAAAUUCUCUGUAUUAUUUUUUAAAAUUGUGUUAUUUAUUAAUAUUUGUAAACAUUUAUUUUUUUAAAUAAUACAAUAAAAUUUUAAGUUGAUCCGAAGGA